AUCUUAUUUCAUCAUUACUUGUUAAUGUACAUUGCCAUAUAACUUAGAUCAUUGAUAAAUGUCAUGGACAUCAAAUGCCCCAAAAUGAAACUUUUGCUACUUGGCCUUGGCUACACGGCUAGAACGUUAAUUGGGGUGGGGUAGUGUGCUGACUAUUCAUAUAUUUAGAAGUGUCCGACCGGUUUUUUUGAAGCUAAUUCACUUUUAAAAGAACUCCGUCGGACAAAACUGCGUUUAUUAAUAUACACCAUAUAAUUGACGUUCUAGCUAAGGCCAUGAUUCCUAACCUUAUCAUUCAAUGAAGGAAUGUGGUGAAGCGGAGUUGUGAUGUUCCUGACAUUAGCGUCCAGACUCUAGCGUCCAGAAUCACCGUUAUUGCGGGUUUGACUUUAAACAAGCAUUGUCCAAUUUUCGGCCAGCCAAUUACGAUCCUCACAUUUCAGACUUCUCGAAGCGGACAGGUUUUUUCAAGCAAAGGCAAUCUACACACCUUUUUACAAGCUGAAGCAAACUGUAAGGUGCCGUAAUUUCCGUUUCUCGGUAACUUCCGGAAUGGUUGAAGUUUAGCCAUCGAAUUUUGCACAUUCAUAAAAAUUAAAAGUAUUGUGAUGAACAUAGUGUGAACAUGAAUAAUAUGAGCUAAUUUGCAACAUUGGUAAAUGUAUAAACGUGGUACAUAAUGUCAAUGUGAAAUGUAAAAGUGUAUUAAGAUUUCUUGGCUAAGGUGUGUUUUGAAAUGGCUCGAGCGCGCUUUUUACCAUGUCACGUGUAGCAAUUGGUGAAUGUCGUUGAUUUAUUCGAAAUAUGUACUCCACUAUGCUUCGAUGUUCAGCGUCUUACAUCAAGAAUAUGUGUUAUAUGUCCAAUAUUGUUUAUAAUAUAAAUAAACACGGUAUGUUUAUGAGCUCAUUAUCAUCGAGUACAAAGGAUUCGUUGCCACAAACAGUCAAAACAAUAGAAAGUUAUUUGAAGCAGAAAGACAUAGAAUACCAACAUGGUCAUACAACUAUUAUAGCAAAAUGUCCCUUUUGUGUAACUACAAACAGUGCGACAUCAAGGAAGCAAGGUGGAAAGGAAUCUUACAGCUUGUUUGUAAACAAAACAACUGGUUCUAAUGUGUGCAAUACAUGUGGUGUAUCGGGAACAUGGAGUCAACUUAAGUUGUGGAUAAGUGAGAAAAAGCAUCCUUUGAAUGAAGAAAAGAGUGAAAUAACAGCAAGUAAUGAUAACCCAGGAACCCUUGAGAAAGUUGUACAUCUUUGGAAAAAUACAAAACCUUUUGAUGAAUGUACAGACUCGUUAAGAAAAUAUAUUUUGAGAAAAAUUGAAAUACAGUCAUUGUCAUCUGAAACCAUGAAGCUGUACAAGGUUCACACCAUACUGAACAAGUUUUCGUCUCCGGAUGGCUCUCAAAAGCAGCAACUAUGUCUUGCGUUUCCAUGGUUUAAUUACGAGAGAGAUAAGUUGUGCGGGAUAAAGCUUUUUAAGGUGCGAACGAAAGAGGAAGAUGUUGCACUGGAACCAAGACAUGGUUUACCCAGCGUGUUUGGAUGGCAUACUGUACCGACGAACGCCAGAGAGAUUGUUCUUACGGCAGAUGAGUUUGACGCAAUGGCUGUAUUUCAGGCAACGUCAUCUCCUGCCAUUUCGCUUCCAUUAGGACUUUCAUCAUUGCCUCCCGAAGUGCUUCCACACCUUGAGCAAUUCGAAAAAAUCAUUUUAUGGUUUCGAAAUGACGUCAGAUCAAGACAGGCUGCGAACAGUUUCGCACGAAAACUAAAUAUUCAACGAUGCCAUUUUGUGAGAACGGAUAACAAUGGACCAGUCAGCGCUCUGGAUGCUUUAAAUAAAGGCUGUGAUCUGAAGUCAAUUCUCUCCAAAUCUCAAGCAGCCAGUCAUGAGAAAAUCGUCACAUUUCAACAGCUUCGUGAUGACGUGUACAAUGAGUUACGUAACGCUGAUCAAGUUGCAGGAGUAAAGUGGUCUCGAUAUCCAAAACUCUCCCAGAUUUUAAAAGGUCACCGUCGUGGUGAACUCACCGUGUUUACUGGAGGGACUGGAACUGGUAAAACGACAUUGCUCAGUGAACUUUCUUUGGAUCUUUGCAUUCAAGGGGUAAACACAUUAUGGGGAAGUUUUGAAGUACGUAAUGUAAGAUUGGCAAAGGCAAUGCUGAGUCAGUUUUCAGGCUUGAAUCUUGAGAAGAAUUUACUUCAGUAUAACUACUGGGCAGAGAAAUUUGAUAUGCUUCCAAUGUAUUUUAUGAGCUUUUAUGGCGCACAAAAUUUACAAGAUGUUAUUGAGACAAUGUCUCAUGCAGCUUACGUGUAUGACAUAGAACAUGUUAUAGUGGAUAAUCUUCAGUUUAUGAUAUCAAAUGCUUACAGUCCAGAUCGCUUUCACGCGCAAAAUGUAGCAAUAGCUGAGUUUCGAAAGUUUGCAACAUCCAAGAAUGUUCACGUGACGAUUGUUAUUCAUCCAAGGAAGGAAAGUGACGAUGCAGAGCUACAAACAGCCUCAAUUUUUGGUUCUGCAAAAGCUAGUCAAGAGGCAGACAAUGUCGUUAUUUUGCAGGAUAAAAAGGGGAAGAACGGUGGAAAGUAUUUGCAGGUGACUAAGAAUCGUUUUGAUGGAACGCUCGGUAAAGUUUUCUUAGAUUUUGACCCCGAUUCACUUACUAUGUCGUCUUAUCAGAACAAGAAUUCUUCACUUGUGCCUUCAAGAAAAGAAAAUAAAUUUUUAAGAAGUGUGAAACCUUCAAAAACCUAUUUUGGCGGGAAACGAGGUGGACAAACCAAAGAUGAUAACGAAAGCUUCAAAAUUUCAAGUGAGAUAGAGCCUGGCAAAGAAAAUUCAACACACCAAUAUAUUCAUGAAGUCGGUGAGUCCAAAACAUUCUCAGUUGAGGAGAGAUUAAAGGAUUCAAAAAACGAAAAUCAAAAGUUCAAAGCCUUGCAAAUCACAGUAAAUGACAAAAACACCACUACAAAAUCACAGAACAAGAUGGCGUUACCAAAAAAUCGUUCAAGCGGUUCAAGUUUAAAAGAACCAUACGCUACAGAAAGAAGCGAUAAAGCUAAAUAUGAAAUUAAAAAUGGUGUGACUUUUCAGUCAAAUUCUGAAAACAAAAACGAUGAUACAAAUAGGAAGAAUUUACAUGAAAAUUCAGUUCUCACGGCAAAGUCAUUGGUAAAAGUUGAAAGAAACGACAAUCCAAAUGGGACAACUUUAAAAUCAAAAGCCACUCGUUUCUCCGCUGACCAACUUAGUCGCCGAUCUUUAACUAGCAAGAAAAUAUCCGUAAAACAACUUGAUAUAAACAAAGUAUACUUGCAGUGAUGUUAAAUACUAACAAAUUCCUAGAUUUUAUGUAAUUGUAGAACCCGAGAAGAUAUGUGUAUUGUUUUCAGAGUGGUCUAAUUCCAAACUAGUUCAUAAAUAAAACGUCUUCUAAGUAGCUACUCGAAA